AUGGAAACGUGUCGUAUCUGCAGGUGUGAGGAAACACCAGAGGAGCCACUCUUCUACCCGUGCAAAUGUUCCGGAAGUAUCAAAUACGUCCAUCAGGGUUGCUUACAGGAGUGGCUGACCACAUCGAAGAAGGGUCAGGUGUGCGAGCUAUGCAACACGAAGUUCCUCUUCACCAAAAUAUACUCACCAGACAUGCCCAGGGACAUUCCUCUGGGUCUCUUCUCACACCAAUUAUCGAUAUCCGUGCUCAAGAGCACGAAAACGUGGUUGCGAUAUUUUCUGGUGGCUUGCAAGUGGUUGAUUCUUUUCCCCAUCAUCACAAGUGGCUUCUUUUUCAAAAUCUUCAAGUUCACGCACCAGCUCUUCAUCGAGGAAUCGCUAGUGGACAAUAUCAGCACCUUCCCCCUCGGUAGAGCACUGUUGCCCCAGUUCUUCUUCACAGAUGGAGGUCUUUACAGUGGGCUCUUUGUCAUGACAUUCGAGGGUCUUGUCAUCACCAGUGCAUAUCUCCUAACCGUGAUUGUCCCUUUCUUUGUGCGUGAGUGGGUACUCAACUGCUUCGCCUUCCGACAGGAGCUCGACCGUAUCCAGGAGGAGGAUAUCAAGCAGAGACACGCUCAGGCCGUAGUUGACGUGAUGCGACGCAUUGGAGGAGAAGGCGCCAACGAAGACGUGGAAAAUGUCAUUGACGCCCUCAACCAGUUCCAGCAGGAUCAACGAAACAACGUCCAGCACGACCGACAGGUGCUGGAAGAGAUGCGACGAAUGCAGGAUCAGAUUAACCGACUAGAGGAUCAGAGAGAACAGCAGGCGCGGGCUGCUCGGCGUGAUGACGACGAGCUGGCUGCAUUAGAUGCUGCCGCGGAAGACAAUACUCUGAUGGCAUUUUUGGGCUUCACAGGUCCCCUCAAGGCGUUGUGGCAAGCUACAUUCACUGCAUACACUCUUUACUUUGGAUUCACAGUCAUUCUGCUCUUUUCUCCCUACACUAUUGGCCGCGCUACCAUGUUUACUAUCGAGAAGAAUGUCGAUACGAUAAACUAUUGCAUUGAUGCCAUCCAGGGCAUAAUCAUGAAGUUCCUGCGAGGAGUAUUUGGCUCUACUUGGUUCCCCAUAUCCGACGAGCUUACUUCUUACAACACAAAAUUCUACAAUCCCACAACUUUCGGAGCACAUGCCUUUGAGGUUCUUGUUGGAUACACCUUUGUUGCCUCGCUGGUCUACCUGUACAUGAAGAUCUCCAAGCCUAAACUCUCUGUGGACGCCAAGCAGCUUCUCAAGCUUCUGGAGGCCAUAGUAAAGGUCAUUACCAUGUUUGGCGUUGAGUUGUUGGUAUUCCCCUUCUGUUGUGGCCUGCUUCUGCAUGUGUCCAUUCUGCCUCUAUUUGGUAACUUCAGCGAUCUCUGGUGGGAGCGACUGGCUCAGUUUAGCAUGUUUCCUCUUACAAACAUUGUUCUCCACUGGGUCAUUGGUACCUUCUACAUGAUCCAGUUCGCCAUGUUUGUGUCCAUGUGCCGAGGUCAGAUGCGACCCGGUGUUUUGUACUUUGUGCGAAACCCCAAUGAUCCUUCUUACCAGCCGGUCCAAGAGGUGCUGGAAAAGUCAAUGUACUUCCAGUUCAAGCGUAUCAUCAUUUCUGGAGGAAUGUACGCUGUCUUCAUUGGAUUGUGCAUUGGAAUUGUCACCUUUGCAUACCAAAAGUUGCUUUCUGACAAGGCAGGCCUGCUGCCUUUGUCGCUUGAUGUUGCUCUAGGGGAUUUCUGGCUCAGCAAGCCCUUCUUCCACGUGGGUCUUCACGUGUGUCUGUCUCUUUGGCUGUCUUCCCAAAUCGAUGGAAAGCAGGUUGCAAACUACACUUGGACUCAAAUUCUGAAGCGAACUUGCGCAGUGCUCUCCCUCUCGUCUUUCAUCUUCAACGACGACCAGAACAGUGAGCAGGAUCCCAAGGGCUCCUUUGUGCGGGCUCCUUGUUCGGAUUCUGUUUCCCUGAGAAAAUCUAAGAACUUCUUUGUGGAAGUGACAAAGGAUGACGUUCCCAUUAUUCCGGAGAAGAUCCCCAGAACCGAGACGAACGCUGAGGCUGAUGCCGACUCCGGCUCCAUUGCCAGUAACACAGACACUGCAACUGAGACCACAGGCGCAACUGAGAAUGGGGAAGAGGUCCCUCCGUUGACUUCUUCGGAUUAUGUGGUUGUCUAUACUCCCCCCCGGUUCCAACCCAGAAUUUUGGCACUUCUGUGCACCAUAUGGAUCUGCGGUGCUCUCUGUAUCACUGGUCUUGUAGCUGCCCCUAUUCUCACUGGACGAUUCCUCUACUCCGUAAUUCUCAACAAUCUCUGGAGCGAGUUUUCCGACAUUGAGGCCUUCUCCAUCGGUGCUCCAAUUGCAGCUGGUUUCUACCUGGUCGCCUCCACCAAGUCGGGGGCUAUCGCUUCGCGAUUCGUGCUCGUCUUCCUCUCUGGUAUUGCUCUGUUGAUUGCCACAUCGGCUGCUUGCGAGAUGUAUGUUCUGCGAGUCGUGGACAUCUUCAUAGAUUCCGACACAUCUACCGUCGCCCGAGCCAUUUCUAUGGGCUUCAUGGUUCUGGUCGCAGCGAAAUAUGCUCCUUCCCUGCAUGUUCCUGUACUUGGCCCUCUAUUCACGCAAACCUUCCAGAACGGAAUCCGAACCUGCAAUCUCAAGGCUCUUUCCAAGCUGGUGAUCACCUCGUCGGCAUUAUCUCUGCUGGUGGUGGCUCUUCCCGCCAUGAUUGGCCUUGUGCUUGACGGAUUCUUCCAGACACAUUUUAUCCACAUUGCCAUUUACCCCGUGAUCCUGGCUCUCUCCAUUAUCCCCGUCGUGUGGGGUCAGGUGUUCCAAUUCCUAGAGCUCUACGAGGCCCAGAUUCGAGACAAGUUGUACACGACUGGAGAGAGGCUGCAUAACCGGGAAUAA